AUGAGUAUUGUUCUUCUAUUGUGUUUCACACUACACUCAGGGUUUGAAGCUGAAGCGUUAUCCUAUGAUUACAGUGCCAGCGCCGAAUGUUUAGAACAUCCUGAAAAGCCUCUAUAUAAUGGAGGAAUCAUUCAACACCCAAAACUCAACGAUGGACUGCAAGAUUGGACAGCAUUUGGUGAAGCAAAAAUUGAACAUCGAGAAUCAUUAGGCAAUCAAUUCGUUGUAGCACAUAGCAGAAAACAACCAUAUGAUGGUGUCUCCCAGAAGAUUUAUCUACGGAAGGGAUUGCCUUAUACUUUAUCUGCUUGGAUUCGACCAACAUACCUUGUGGAAACAGAGAUAACAGGCAUUAUUAGAACAACACACUAG